GUGCAAUCAAGCUGUAACCUUGACGUACUAUAGUUACGCGAUUUCUCUCGUUUCUAUUGAGUUUUUUCUCGUUAUAUUAAAAUAAACUCUAACGCAGCACGUCUACAGUUAUUUAAUAAUCAAAUGCAAUAAAUUUUAAGUUUAAUUGAAGUAUAUUAAAAUGUCUAUUUCAAAGUAUUUCGAGGUAGAUGGCGGAUAUCGCAUGCCACGAAUUGGAUUUGGUACAUGGCAGGCUCCACCGGAUAUUCUAGAGAAGGCUGUAGACGCUGCUUUAGAAGCAGGCUAUCGCCACUUCGAUUCAGCGCGGGCCUAUGAAAACGAGGCUGCUUUGGGACAAGCUCUCAACCGCUGGAUCGCAGGCGACCCUGCUAGAAGAAAGGAACUGUUUGUUGUUACGAAACUGCCACCUGGAGGUAAUAGACCUAAUUUGGUAGAAGAAUACUUUAGUGCCUCGUUGCGGGACCUAGGCUUAGACUAUGUUGACCUGUAUCUCCUACAUGUACCGUUUGGUUUUGAACAUAUACCGGGAGAUCUUCAUCCAAAGAAUCCAGAUGGCAGCAUGAAGUUUGACUACAACACUGACCUCGUUGGUAUUUGGAAGGCCAUCCUCAAACUUAAAGAGUCAGGUCGAGUGCGCAAUGUCGGCAUAUCAAAUAUGAAUGAAGAACAAAUUAAACGAUUAUAUGCAGUGGGAAAACCGGCUUGCCUUCAAGUUGAAGUACAUGUCUUACACCAACAGAAGCCACUCAUUGCUUUUGCAAAUCAACUCGGAAUACCUGUUGUUGCUUAUUCUCCUUUAGGAUCAAAAGCUUUGGCGGAUGCUUUGGCCGAAAAAACUGGACGUUCCUAUCCAAAUCUGCUUGAAAUACCCGAAGUUAUGAGAAUUGCAAACACUCAUUCACGUACGCCGGCACAAAUACUACUUCGAUUCUUACUACAACAUGGGGUUGCUUCGAUUCCCAAAAGUACAGACCCAACUAGAAUUAAACAGAAUAUUUCUGUCUGGGACUUUGAACUAAGUGAAAAAGAAAUGGAAGAGCUGCAUGCGUUAGACCGUGGUAACGAGGGACGUAUUUGUGAUUUCCUAUUUUUCGCUGGUGUGGAAAAACAUCCAGAAUACCCAUUCAAAAAACAAUAAAAACCAUUACAAUGAAAUUAAUACAUAUUUAGUUACUAAAUAAAAUAAUCACAUUCUAA